AAAAUCGAUAAAGCGCUCCUUUAACAUGUUGUUUUCGUAUCGCGAGAGCUAACAGCGUGUGGCUCGUAUUACUUUGUUGUUACAAAGAUAUAUUGCGCGCAGAAUAAGAGCAUUCAGUUUUAUAUUAAUAACAACCCAUUCCUGGCAGAAAAAAAGUCAACGUGAAUGUUUAGUGAUGAAGUGUUUGCCUACUAAACUUAAGAACUCGUGAAGUAGUUUAGGUCCGAAACUAAGGUUGAAAUACUUUGUUUCGUGUUAGAAGUCAGUAGCCCAACGUUGACCUUGAAACGGAGCCAUAACACAAAAAUCCUGUAAAUCAACAUAACUGGGAACACCAUGAAAGCACUUCUAUAAUAGAUAUACAAUUUAUUACGUAAGCUGUACAUCUGAAGGCGAUUUUAUUCGAGAUUGGCUUUGCGAAAAAGCGAAGAGGUUGCGUAUUCUGUGCUGCAUGCCACUAGCGCGCUUCGAUAUAUCUGGUGAAUAUGACAAAUGUAAUUUCACAGAAAUGAGAUCAUAGGCCUUUUAAAUCUGAAAUUUGUAGUAAUAACUAUUGCUCUCCGUUUUGGUGGCUAAGACCGACGGUAAGUGCCGAAAUGAGUACUUGAAGCCUUGCUACGAGACUAAUACGAGUAGUCGCCGUAUGGAAAUAAAUUUUAUUUUUGUUAUUACAUACUCAUGGUAUUUAUCUAACGCAAGCAACUGGCGUGAACUUGACACAUUAGGGGUAAAUUUUUUGAGCAACAUUGUUAAUUGAUAUGCGCAAAAAAAUUGCACAAAACGCAGGAUUUCCCAGAAAAUGUAUGCACUGUAUUUUAAUUGGAUCAUUAUUUUUUAUUUACAGUGACUGGUGCCGAUUACUUGAAUUCACUGCAAGAAUCUGUUUUAGAAAGCACUCAGCACUUGUAAAGUGCUCAGGUGAAAAUUAUCUUCAAGUUAAAGCACCUGCUAUCAUUGUGAUGUAAGAAUAUACUUUGAUGAGAAUCAUCUAAACAGAUAAUUUCAUCGAAGAGGUCCUACAGAUAGAUUAUUCUGCUGGUUUUCCAAGUAGAUUUUUCUUGUAGGGUUACCAUCAGUAUUUUACACCAGGAUACUAACGAUACCAAAAGAUCUAGGAGUUUGUGGAGGUUUUAAUUAAUAGCUCACCAUUAUCAGCACUGUGUUGACUAAAUGGUAAUAAUUUUGAAAAAUUUAAGACACCCAAAUCAGUUGCCCUCGUUGGGUCGCUGAAGUAAACAUUUGACGCAAUUUAUAAUAAGAAAUGUAACAACCUGUAACAGAUUAGGAUAUAAAGGCCACAACAACGUAAAGCGAACAUAUUUAUCAAUGAAUUGAAAUAAAGUGUUGGUCCUUUAAGUGAUUAUCAUACUUUUUUCGAAACCGCCACGUACAGCCGGCCUGCUUUCCUCAUGAUGGCUUAGUAAGUACGGUAUUUACAUGCUAAUCUUAGGAGAUAUUAUGGUCUAGGUGCAAACCCGGGCGUGGAUAAAAUUUGUUUCGUGCUGGGAGCCAGCCGUCUGAUGAAAUGCCAAACAGCGAUACCGCACUAAAACUCGAAACACAGAGGGAGCAACGUUCAACGUUCCGAAGAUUUGUUUCCGCACUUUAACCGCCAGCUGAUUUCAUCAUGCAUUUUGUGCACCCAUUUCGACUUUACAACUGUUGUCUCACCUUAGAUAAACGUAAUUUUCUAGUAUACGUAGAUCACGAGUACUAAGAUGGUAUUAACAGUUGUUUGACGUACAUGUGUUUACUCUUACAAGACUACUAAUUGUACAGAUUAUCCAGCUUCGAGUAGGUAGAAAACAAAUAUAGCUCAUCAGCAGUUAUUUUGUAUUAAUGGUGUGAGUAAAUCAAGCUUUGUACAUCGCGGCGCAACUAUGGAAAUGAACAACGUCGUCUUAAAAGUGAUGCGGUUGGCGAGACCGUCGUUCACGCCCAAUACGCGAACCCCCAUGUGUGAACCUUGGGACUUCGAUAUAUUGCCCUCUGACCACUCCGGGCCACAGGUGUUUAGUUCAGAUAUGCUCUACCUGCCGCAGUCCUUUGGUUCAAUCUAUCUUGGUGAGACGUUUUCAUCGUAUAUGACCGUGCACAAUGGCAGUUCCAUGGACGUCGGCGGUGUCCAACUGAAAGCCGAACUGCAUAACGGAAAUCAUAAAGUUUGCCUUAACCCAGUCAUCGCUCGCGGUGGUGAGGUUCUGAAACCUAACGAGUCAUUGGAUCAGAUCAUCCAGCAUGAAGUCAAGGAAAUCGGUACCCACCUACUGCAAUGUAUUGUGAGCUAUAUCAACGCAACGACCGGUGAACCUAUGCAGUUUUGCAAAUACUUCAAAUUUCAAGUCUACAAGCCACUCGAUGUUAAGACAAAGUUCUAUAAUUCGGAAACUGGUGAAACGUUUAUCGAGGCCCAGCUCCAGAAUAUUACGUCUAACCCGGUGACAUUAGCCAAGGUUUCGCUCGAACCUUCGCCGCAGUUUCAGGUAACAGCCCUCAAUCAAAAUGAUACAGGAGAUAGCGUUUUCGGUGAGGUGAAUCUCAUUAAUCCCCAAGAUUCACGACAGUACCUGUUCUCGUGUCGGCCAAAAUCUCGAUCACCUCAAGAAGGCAAAAAGAGCGCAAGAGGCUCGUCGGCCAUUGGUAAGCUUGACAUUAUCUGGAAGAGUGCUCUAGGCGAGAAAGGCCGACUUCAAACUUCGCAGCUUGAACGAACGUUGUUUCAACAUUCCGAUAUCAGUCUGAUUAUUGAGCAGUUUCCCUCGAAGAUCGAGUUGGAAACAUCCUUCACUAUAACAUUCACAAUUAUGAAUACAUCCGAGCGCGCCAUCGAUCUUACAGUGUCACUAGAAAAUCAGGAAGGUCUCAUGUGGGUUGAUAGCACUGGCUACGAGCUGCCUCAAAUUCCAGCCCAUAAAAGUAUAAUUAAGGAUUUUUCUUUAUUCAUGACAAGGUGCGGUUUACAGUCGAUUGGCGGCAUAAAACUGACAGAAAAUUGUUUUAAGCAGACGUACAAAUUCGACCAUAUUGGACAACUUAUAGUUAUUCCGAGCGUUUAAAGUAAUAUGUGUAUUGCAAUAAAUAUAUCUAUGAAACAAUUGUAUGUGUAUGUGAUUGAGGUUAGCGGUUCAUAUAAUA